AUGCAUUACAACAUUUUUCAAUUAUGGAGAGCCGUCGGCAAACACCAUCUUCGUUUCGUGUCCUCGGUAUCGUCAACGAUAAGCGCCUCUCGGUUCGAACAGCCAGGUUUUCAAUACCGCGAAGAUCGAAUCCCCAAGCAAUCUGACGUUGUCGUGAUUGGUGGUGGGAUUAUCGGUUGGUCCGUAGCAUUUUGGAUCCGAUAUUUGUCAAAGACAACGGUUACUGUAAUCGAACGUGAUCCCAGUUUGUCGCAUUCAUCCAGUCUAUUGGGGUUGGGCAAUCUUUGUACCCAAUUUUCAGAGCCAGAAAACAUACAGAUGUCUCUUUUCACCGCUGAAUUUCUACGCGAUAUCGAUGAACAACUCUCUAUUUCGCCGAAUGACAUUGUGGACAUAAACUUUAACCCGCAUGGUCAUCUUAUUCUGUCUGAUGGAAGCAGUUGCGAACGAAUGCGGGAGAAUUACCAAUUGCAAGAGGCUCUUUCGCUUCCCAAUCGCUUGAUGACGCCGAAGGAAGUUGAAGCGCGUUGGCCUUGGCUCAACGUAGAAGAUGUUCAUUUGGCAUCAUACGGUGAUAGAAACGAAGGUUGGUUUGACCCCUGGCUGUUGGUGCGUCAACUCCGAAACAAAGCUCAUGUUUUCGGUGCGAACUAUGUUGUGGGGGAGGUGAAGGGCUUCGUAUGCUUUAAGGGGCUAACGCGAACACGUUUCCUGGAUAGGCCCAAGCGAGCUCCUCUGAACGCCCCUCGCCUCAGCGAGGUGAUAGUCAGAACCCCUUCCAGAAGCUUGGAGAAUAUCGCCUUCUAUACGGUCGUCAAUUGCGCGGGUGCAUGGUCUGGUGAAAUAAUGAAAAUGGCUAUGGCAGAAGUACAGGAUGAGGUUCCUCCUUUGCCCGUUCAAAAGCGGAAGCAGAAUAUUUUCAUUGUGCGUCCGGAUUAUUCCCAGCCUUCCACGCACUUCCCUGGUAUCGACGCCCCGGUUGUUCUCGAUCCCUCCGGUCUUAUGUUUCAGCGUCAAGGGCUCUCAGGUGACUUCGCCGUCUGCAUGAAUCCUACUCGGCCCCAAACGGGCGGAACUGUUGGAUCUGACGACUUGGAUGUAGAUUACACUGAGUUCAAGGAGGAGGUGCAGCCACGGCUUGCAAAACGGAUUCCUGCAAUGGCAUCAUCGCGCGUCCAGUCAGCGUGGUCAUGCUUCAAUGAUUACAAUCCCAUCGACCAAAGCCUCAUCAUUGGCCAGCACCCGUAUCUAUAUAAUAUGAUCUUGGCAACCGGUUCAUCUGGUCUUGGUAUUCAACAUGCAGUGCCGAUUGGUCGCGCUGUGGCUGAACUCAUUCACUACCGACACUACAAGUCAAUCGAUUUAACCCGUUUUUCCUUUGACCGAUUCUACUUGGGCGUUCCGUUUCGCGAGAGGUCCAUAUUUUAG